GAUAGUCGACAGGGAACCUCGUUCGCUUCGUUAGAUAGUCGUUGUUAGUUGAGUUAAAUGCGUCGGCUUUUAAUGUGACAUGAUAUAAUAGUUUUAACUCCUCUUUGUAACAUCCCGGCUUACGUUUAUGGAUUGCUAGCAGUUGAUGUAUCUUUGAACGGAAAUAAGGUAACGUUGAGAAAAUGCCACUCCACGGAAAAAUAGUGGUGAUAAAGAGGAGCGGAGGAGACGGGACGGAAUUUCCUCUUACUGCAACGUGUUUGUUUGGAAGGAAGCCUGACUGUGACAUUCGGAUUCAACUUCCUCAUGUCUCCAAAGAACAUUGCAAAAUCGACCUAAAUGAAAAUAAAGAGGUCAUUUUGACUAAUCUAAGCUCAUCUAAUCCAACACGUGUGAAUGGAAAGGCUCUGCAGCAAUCUGAGCGUUUGAAACAUGGAGAUGUGAUAACCAUUAUUGAUCGCUCUUUUAGGUUUGAGUACCCACCAGCACCCACACCAAAGAAGAGAUCUUCACACGGAGGCAAAGCUGAAACCCUCAAAGUUCUUCAAGACCAAGUUGGGGACACGGUUAUUGUCACAAAAGGAGAGAAGAGGAUCUCUGAAGUAUCCUCAGACCCUCAUCUCAAAGAUGGAGGAAACCAUGACAACAUUCAGCGUUCCCUUGAGAAAACUCUGGAGAUGGAGUCCAGUAAAGAUGACGACCAGCUGCAAACCAACCAGACAAACUCUCCCUUUGGCGAUCUGUAUCAAAUGAUAAAGAAAUCCCUGGAUGUCAAAACCCCCCGCACAUCCUCCAUCAGCGUGGUCCAGACGCCCUCCUCAAGGUUCUGCACUCCGGGACCCGCUUCAGUCCGGAAGAAACCUGCUGCCUUCACUCCCCAAAGAGAGGAUGGUAAAGUCUGUGGGACCCCGAUGUCUGUAAAGAAGCAGGCCCCGCUCUUCAAGGUUCCUUCUGCUGAUGUGGACGGAUCCAGAGCCGAAGAAGCUGGGCAGGAAGCAGACAAGUCUGGAGUGCCUUCGCCGCGUAGAAGAAACAGCGGAACCCCUCAAAGAUUCACCGUGAGUGAGGCUAUUGAGCAAAUCUCCACUCAGACGCCCAAGUCACCCAAGAGAAGGAGGAGCAAGGAAGCCACACCGGCGAGGCCUGCUGCGGGUAAAGGACAGGAAGAGGAGCCGGAGACGGCUCCCAAAAGCGAGAAUCCUCGAAGACUGUCACCAAGAAACGCAGAAAAAGCUGAAAAAGAGUCCAAAAAGCGUAAGAGUGGAGAGCUUGGAACAGAUUUGCCAACGCAGCCAAUGAAGAGGAAACGCGUUUCCUUUGGGACUCAUCUGAGCCCAGAGUUGUUUGACAAGCGGCUGCCUCCGGACUCCCCGCUGCGCAAGGGAGCGACUCCACGGAGGAGUUUGUCACUUUUUAAGACCAAGCAGGCCCUCCUGAGGCGGGUUUCUGUGAUUGGCUUACUGAAAGAGCAGAGUCCUGUAAAAAAGAGUUCUCCGUCUCCUAAGAAACCACCAAAGACCCAGAGUGCUUCUCCCAAGACUCCCCCAGGGCAAAAGCUGCCAAAAUCUAAGUCUCCCUCUCCCAAACCAGCCUCCCCUGCAAAGAAGUCACCCAAGUCCAGAUCCUCCUCUCCCAAAGCAGCAUCUCCCUCCACAAACAAAGUGGGAACUCCUAAGGCCAGUGAGCAGCCUAAAACCGAGGCUUCCAGAGGUUCUCCCAAGAGCAAAAGGAGGUCUUCUCUGGCCAUGUCGAGUCCCACCUCUGUGACCGGUGCGACGUCGGAUAAAACCCCCUCCAAUUCGGGAAUCCAGACACCAACGGUGCAGGGCCGCUUCUCCGUGUCCCGCAUCAGCACCCCCUCUCCCGCCACGGAGGCCGCCGCCGAGCAGGAGCCCGCGCCCACCGCCACCCCGCAGCUGCGCCUGAAGAGGAAGAGCAUGAAGAGCGCCUCCAAGAAGACCCCAGGUGUCGCCAAGAGUGCAGUGAAGGCACUGCAGAGGAGAAGUGGCGUCUCACGGGCAUCCAUCAAGGUCAUGAAUUCCUGGGUGGACAUUGUUAAAUUUGGAAAGAGUAAGGCUCCUGUUGUGCUUCCAACAAAGAAAAGGAUCACCCAGAAGACAGCAAAGAAGCUUGUCCCCAAGUCCCAGACUCCUGCCAGGAAGCUGGCGGGCCAUGUGAGCACUGGGCACGCAGAGUCCCCCGCCACCAUCGUUGUGGGCAGAGCUCACAAAAGAACAGUCGCCUGUCCCAUGGGGGCAGCGCCCAGGGUGGUCGCCAACACAGCACUCUUCAAAAAGAACAUGAAAAUGGACGAGGACUUGUCUGGCAUUUCCGAGAUGUUUAAAACUCCGGCAAAUGAGAGGAAAAGGCGAUCUUUGAUCAGUGAGAGCAGUUCCGCAAAGACACCGGUGAGCGGUCAGAGCACAUCUGUGAUGGAACCGUCAGUGCUGAACACACCAGAGGAGCCAGAUGAGAUGAUGGUGUCUCCACUGAGUGCUGCAUCCACAGUGAAGAGUAGAACAUACAGCAGUGAAGCGGUCCAACGCCUCCUUGAUGGAGACCAAGAGUCGAGUUUUAUCAGUGACACCCCCACCGUGGAAGCUCAGUCAGAGUCUAGCGAGCAGCAUCCUGAGGAUUCGAGGAAAACGGCUGUAACUACCCCCAAACAGAAGCCAGACUUACCCGAGUGUCUGACCGGAGUCAGGAGGAUCAUGAAGACCCCGAGACAGAAGGCUGAGCCCAUUGAGGACCUGAGAGGAAAGCUUCUGAAAACCCCCAGGCAGAAAGCGGAGCAGCCAGAAUGUCUGACCGGAGUCAAGAGGAUCAUGAAGACCCCGAGACAGAAGGCCGAGCCCAUUGAGGACAUCAGAGGCAAACUUCUGAUGACUCCCAAACAGAAGCCUGAGCCACAGGAGUGUCUGACCGGAGUCAAAAGAAUUUUUAAGACCCCGGGACGCAGCGAGCUCAGCGAAGAGGGCUCAGACGUCGCCAUGGAGCUUCUUCAGACACCAGCGUCUGCCAGCCCGCCCGAAGACUCAGCAGUGAAAACGCCCGGCUCACGCAUGUCUCCAACCGUCUGCCUCACAGAUUUCAGGGGACAGGCAGCAGAGGACGCGGUCGGGACGAAGAGGCUGUUGAGAACCCCCAAACAGAAGAGCCAGCCCGUGGAGGAGCACUUCGGCCUGAGGAGGCUGAUGAAAUCUCCCAGGGUGAAGGGCAAUCCACCUGUGGAGGACUUCGAGGGACUCCAGGAGCUAAUGGCCGAGCCGGAGGCUGAGCUCUCAUGUCAACUGGAGCCAAACAAGGAUGAAGCUCCAAUGCAUGUGAAUUGUGGCGUCCAAGAAGCAAAAGUAGAAGCAGAUGCUAAUGAAGUCGUCCCCGAUGGCACCCUAGAAGUUCCGAGUGAAUGCGGUAACGAUGAAGCAUGGCAUGGCGUGGAGGCUCUCCCGACUGAAUCCAAAGUGGACGGUGCAGGCGAGGUGCCCGCGGCCUCAGAGCCCAGCCCUCAGAAGAAAGCCGCUCGAGGAAGAAGGGCGAACCCCGUCAAGGCUGCAGACAGAGUGGAGGCCUCUGAAGUUCCCGCUGCCGCCGCCCCGCUCAGAGCACGGCGGGGGAAGAAAGCCGAGGCUGCAGCGCCACCUGCUGUCAGACUCAGGACCAGAGGCGCAAACGCGGGAAGCACCCAGAGCCAGGAUGUGGAGCCAGCGGUGAAGGAGAGCCUCCCUCAGACAAGUGAGGCUGCUCCCCAGCCCAAAAGAGGAAGAAGUGCCAAAAAGGUCCCUGAAGCCGUCCCAGAACCUGAAAGUCAACCUCAGGCCGACGAGGUCCCAGAGAGGGCUGAGCUGAAGCCCAGGAGAGGGAGGAAGGCCAAAGCAGCCCAACAGGAGGAAAGCGCAGAGGUUCCAGCUGCUGACGUAGCAGAAGAUGCAGGCCAGGUCGACGGGGACCAGCCAGUGGGAACUGAGGAGGCUUCAGAUACCGCAGAGGUUUGUGUCCAGGCACAGGAUGCAGGGACAGAAACCAGCUCAGCCAUACCUCAGAAGAGACCCACAAGAGGCAGGAGAGCCAAACAGGUGGAACCUAAAGAAGAGGAGGACAAACACCAGGCCACAAACGAGCCCGUGGCCCCAGCUCAGGUCAGAGGAGGAAGAGGGAGGAGAGCGGAGGCUGCAGCGCCCCCAGCUGUCAAACAGCCCGCCAGAAGCAGACAUGCAAAGUCUCAGGAAAGCGCCCCAGAUCACUCAGCGGCAGAAACCCAAGCAGCAACAGAGGUUUCCUCUGAGGCUGCUGCUCCUCGGGCAGAGGCCAUCAGUGUGGCCCCAGCAGAAGAAGUGGUCUCCAAGCCACUCAGAGGGAGAAGAGCCAAAGCUACACCCUGUGAGCCGGAGAAAACCCUGAAUGCUGAACCCGAACAGCCCAGUGUUGGGAAACCCCAGAGAGGGAGAAAGGCUAAGCCCGCUGCUGUAGAGCCAAAUGAGGAGGUGGAGGCCAAGCAGCUGUCUGUACCCCCAGUCAGGGCAAAAAGGGGAAGACAUGCCAAACCCGAGGAGGAGGAAAGGGACACCGCUUCAGAGGAGGCUGAUAAGUCCAACGAACAGGCUGUAGAACCAGCAGAAGAGGUCGUAACAUCUAAGAUGGUUCCUCCAGAGAAGGCAGAAGCCCCACUUGGCACGAGUGAACAAGCUCCAAAGCCCCGACGGGGCGGGCGCAAAGCAAAAGCAGAGGCUGAGGCCGUCGCACCGGUGGAGCCCACCGAGCCCCAAGAUGUGGGGUCCACAGACAAACCCAAGCGAGGGAGGAAAAACACCCGGGUCCCAGAGGAACCAGCCGAAGGUCCCGAACAGGUCCUGAAACCCAACCGAGCAAAGGGGAUCAAAACUAAAGCAAAAGAAGAACUUCCACUGUCCACUCCAGCAAAGAGGUCACGCCAAGGGGCAGCUCCUCCUCCUCAGGAGACCCCGGAAGAAGCCACGGCAGAGCCGGCUCCAGUCCAGCCUGCAGCCCGGGGGAGACGAGGAGCUAAACCCUCAUCAGCCGCCGGCCAAGACCACCCCGCUGAAGGGUCAAGCGAAGCCUCUGCCCAGGACACGACCAAGUCCAAAAGGUCCGUCAAGUGGAAGUCAGACCUGGAAGAAGUUCACAUUCCAAAAGCCACACCGGUUAAGGCCGUCCGGGGGAGGAAGCAGAAAACUGCAAACCAAGUCGAUGCCGAAAGCAAAGCCACUUCUGAGGACGCCGGCAGACCUGAAGAGGAUCCCCUCUCAGAUGAAGCUCCGCCUGCAAAGAGAGGCCGGCGGGCAGCCAGGCCGGCCGACCCGCCGGCAGAGCCCCCGCUGCCCAGAACCCGACGAGGAAGAGCCACUAAGAAAUAGAUGCAGAUUAUAUAUAGACCUCAUCACAACGACUGUUCCCUCCUUCUGUUUUUUGUACUCGUUUUGUUGUUCUUUUAUUUUAAGACAUUGUAGUGAGAAGUUUUAAACGACUGAAAAUGAAGCACUGCUUUUUGCCCCAGUACAGCAGGGAUUAUUGUUUUAUUACUUCUUUUUUUAUUUUUUGGGAUAAGUUGUACGUUAUUCUUAACAGAAUUGUCGAAAUUUUAUUGUUGGAGGGAAAAAAAGUUUAUUAAAUUUUUUUACUACAAAGAAAAGAUGGGUGAUUGUUUUGUUUCUCAGCAUUGCCUGGAUACUUUUACAUACAGCUUUUCCUACAGGUAA